AUGGGUCUCAAAUCUUUCAUUGUCGCGACAUUCGCUGCGGUUGCCAUCGCUGGGCCGAUUCCAGACCCUCUCAAUGUCAUGAGGCAGGCUGGGCCUGCAGCAGGACAAGUUAUCACCAAAUGCGCAGCGCCUGGCCAGAUCGCUCUCGCGUACGAUGACGGCCCAUCUCAGUACACACAAAAGCUCGUCGAUACCUUGACCGCUGGUGGAGCCAAGGGCACUUUUUUCGUCACCGGUUCGCUAUACGGAUGCAUCUACAACCAAAAGAGCGCUCUCCAGAACGCCUACAAAGCCGGUCACCAGAUCGCAUCCCACACCUGGUCCCACCCGCAGAACUUUGGCUCUCUCUCCACCAACGACCUUACAUCCCAGAUGACGCGUCUUGAACAGGCUCUUGUCAACAUCAUCGGCGUGAAGCCGACCUACAUGCGUCCUCCCUACCUCGCCACCGGCGGAAACGUCCUCCCAACGAUGAAGACGCUUGGAUACCGCGUCAUCACCGAUGAUGUCGAUUCCGAGGACUGGAACGGCAAGACGCCACAGCAGAGCCAGCAGAAGUUCCAACAAGCCGGAACCAGCGGAAAUGGCCACAUCCCUCUCAUGCACGAGACUUAUGCUUCUACGGUCAACACUUUGACUCCGUGGUUGAUCAGCUGGGCGAAGAACAACAACCUCAAGUUGGUUACUGUUGCUGAGUGCCUCGGCGACAAGACGGGUGCCUAUAAGAGCGGUACACCGAACGGUGCCUCCACCUGCUAG